GUUACAUGCAUUAGCUGUAGAUUUGGGAUAAUUCCUCAUCUCUCCCAGAAGUAGAGAAGAACUUGCAUUUAUAAAGCGCCUUUCAGGACUUCAGAAGCUUCCAAACAUUUACAGCCAAUGAGGUACUUGCUUCAACUACCGUUGUAAUGCUAGAAACGGAGCAGCCAAUUUGCGCGUAGCAAGGUUCAGCAAUUUUUUAAUGACCAAGGGUAAGAAGUGGAUUUGGGAAAAUAAAGCACCUUGCACAUUUGAACAACCAUGAAUAUGGAAUGAUGAGCUAAUCCAUUCAUAACCUGUCUUACAAAGCUCCCAAUUUGAUUUGAUCACAGAAAAUGAAUUUUGGAAGGAGGCCAAACAGAGGAGGAGGAAGGUUCAACAAGUCUCGUGGUGGUACAGGAGGAGGAAGUAGGAAAGCCUCGGGAAAAGCGUGGGAUGAUGGGGAUGACUUCUGUUUUACCCGAAAGCCAACUCCUUCAACCAGGCCUCGGAGUAGGGGUAGGGGUAGAGCUGGAGCCGGAAGGGGAGCUGGAGCUGGAAGUAGAGCCGGAGCCGGAGGUAGAGCAGGAGCCAGAGCUGGAAUUGGAAGUAGAGCAGGAACUGGAACUGAAAGUAGAGCCGGAGCUGAAAGUAGGAAGUAUCCUGAUGAUGUGUUGAAGGAUCGAGGAGAGUUCAACUUAUUUGGUAAUCUAGUCAAAUCACAAAGAUCAAACAAUGAUAGCCAAAACAGAGGCAGAUUUAAAUCCAAAUCUGAACAUAGAGUACUUUUGCAGACUAUAAACAUGACUACCGAAAACCAGAAGGAUGUUAAGCAACUUCUCCGAGAGCUGCAAAGUCAUGAAAAGGAAGCUGUAGCAGAAAGUGAGGAUUCUGAAGAGGACUGUGAUCUGAAGGAAGAAUAUGAUGACCUGGAUUACAGGGAUGAAGAUCAGUACUGGUCCACAAAGGAAGAGGGUUUGGCAAUGGCUGAAAAUAUUCCCCUGGUGUACCAUCCUGUUGACCAACAAACCAGUUUUGAACAGCCUGAGAUCUCUUCAUUUGCUGUUCGGAAGCUGACUAGGUAUGGUUUUCAUACAGAACGUUGCAUAUUGGCGCUCAAAAUGUUUGAUGGAGAUGUAGGAUCAUCUUUGGAAUAUCUAUUGCAGCAGUGCUUUAGGGAAAAGUUCAAAGAUAGAAUCAAGGCCUCUCCCAAAUUUGGGAAUAUUAGCAUGGAGGACUGUGUGGAGCGGAGGCAAGAAGAAGCAUUUGCUCUUAGCUCCAUAUACGAGAGCAAAUUCUCUGAAAGGAUUCAAAACCGAGUCUGGAGCAUUGAAUUGGCACUUGUGUUUCUAACACAGAAGCUUAAUAAGUCGAGAAGGUCUGAGACCGAAGACUCAGCAUCAAAGUCUCUGAAAAACAUUUGUCAGCAUUACCUGAAGGGUAGUUGCCGCUUUGGGUCGAGAUGUAAAUUGAGACAUGAGCUUCCUUCAAGGGAAGAAAGGAAAGAGGACAGUCAUUUGCGUUGUGAUAGCAAUGCACACCUAUACACACUUGAGAUCCGAUUUCCACCUGGUAAUAAAUAUCCGUAUGAGGUCCCACUUUUAGCCUUUUCUUCUAUCAACGACAGUCUACCCCAAGCUUGCCGUUUGCAUAUAACCGAACACCUCUAUGGAGAGGCCUUGUUAGCAGCAAAAACAAAUGAACCAGUGGUUCACACAUUGAUCAUAUGCUUAGAAAAUGAAGCGAAAAUGAGCAAACUACUCCUUGAAACCACCCAUGAAUACAGUGUGCCUCCUGUUGUGCUCUCUGUCUUGACUGAACAAACUAAUGGUGACCAAACACCUCGCAACUAUCCUUUUUAUCAUCAACUGGCAGUUGCAGUGAAAGAUGAUGCUGGGGCAGAAGUGGAAGAUGAUGAUGAUUUACCGGAAGAAGAAUCUGAGGCUGUGGUAAUGGAAACUGAGAGUUAUGUGCAUCUGAAGAGGAGACAGUUGAAAAAGUAUAACUGGAAACUGGAGAACGUAUAUAGGGAAAACCAAAAACUUUGUAAACAGUUUCAAAUCAAACAGUCUUCCAGACAGUAUCAGUCAAUGUUGCAGGAGAGGAAGAAACUUCCAGCAUUUCAAGAAAGAGACACAAUCUUAGAUUUACUGAACAAGGCCCAGGUGCUGGUAGUGAGUGGUAUGACUGGGUGUGGAAAGACGACUCAAAUUCCUCAGUUUAUCCUGGAUGACUCUCUUAAUGGUCCUCCAGCAACAGUUGCAAACAUCAUAUGCACACAACCUCGAAGGAUUUCUGCUAUUUCUGUCGCUGAGCGUGUAGCCAAAGAACGGAUCGAGAGGCUAGGAGGAAGUGUAGGAUAUCAGAUUAGACUUGAAAGUGUGAAGUCCUCCUCUACCAGAUUGCUUUACUGCACUACAGGACUACUACUCAGACGACUGGAGGCAGAUCCAGAGCUCCAAGGCGUGUCUCAUGUUAUUGUAGAUGAAGUGCACGAAAGAACAGAGGAAAGCGACUUUUUGCUGUUGGUGCUGAAGGAUCUGAUAAUGUCUCGGCAUGAUCUGCACAUUGUUCUGAUGAGUGCAACUCUGAAUGCACAGCUAUUCACAGAGUACUUCAAUUUUUGCCCCAAUAUUCAUAUUCCAGGACAUACUUUUCCAGUGGAUCAAUAUUUCCUGGAAGAUGCACUUGCAAUGACUAGAUAUGUUUUGGAAAGUAAAAGCCCCUAUGCACGAACUGUGAAGCUGAACCAAUAUGCUGAGCCUUGGGGAGCUAAAGGUAAAAAUAAUUGGAAUUCAGUGGAAUCGGUUGAGGAACAGCUAAGAUCUUUACAUCUACAGGAUCCACCAUCAAUCAAAGACAGCAUCCCAGACCAGCAUCUUACUGUUCAUCAACUGAUGAUCCGAUACAAAGGGGUUAGUAAAUCAGCAUUAAAGACUAUGGCUGGUAUGGACCUGGAUAAGAUCAACUUGGAUUUAAUAGAAGCUCUACUAGAGUGGAUAGUGGAUGGAAAACACAAUUACCCUCCAGGUGCUGUUUUAAUAUUCUUGCCUGGCCUGGCAGAAAUCAAGUUAUUGUAUGAACAACUUCAAUCUAACCCUUUCUUCAACAAUAGGCGCGACAAAAGGUGUAUUAUACACCCACUGCACUCUUCACUGUCCAGUGAGGAACAACAAGCUGUCUUCUUGCGUCCUCCAAAAGGAACUACCAAGAUUAUAAUCUCUACCAACAUUGCUGAAACUUCAGUCACCAUUGAUGAUGUUGUUUAUGUUAUUGAUUCCGGCAAGAUGAAAGAAAAGAGGUAUGAUCCAUGCAAAGGGAUGGAGAGCCUAGAGGACACCUGGGUAUCUCGAGCUAAUGCCCAGCAGAGGAAGGGUCGAGCUGGGCGUGUAGCUUCAGGGAUCUGCUUCCACCUGUUUACUAGUCACUGCUAUCGUCACCACCUCCAGGAGCUGCAAUUGCCUGAGAUAAAGAGGGUGCCACUGGAACAGCUUUGUCUAAGGAUCAAAGUUCUGGACAUUUUUGCAAAUCAUGAUUUGGAGUCUGUUCUUUCGCGUCUGGUCGAAUUACCCAUGGAAGAGGGUUUGAAAGCAGCUAAGGACCGCCUGCAGAACCUCGGGGCUCUCACACCAGAUGAAACACUCACUCCUUUGGGGUAUCACUUAGCUUUUUUGCCAGUGGAUGUCCGCAUUGGAAAACUAAUGUUGUUUGGCGCCAUCUUCCGUUGCCUUGAUCCUGCUCUGACCAUUGCAGCUAGCUUAGCCUUUAAAUCCCCCUUUGUUUCUCCGUGGGAUAAGAGAGAAGAAGCCAAGGUGAAGAAGCUGGAUUUUGCUGUGGCUCACAGUGACUUUCUUGCAUUUCUCCAAGCCUACAAGGGAUGGAGUGUUGCCUUAAAGGUGAGCUCUCAAGCAGGAUACAAUUACUGCAGACAAAAUUUCUUGUCUGGAAGAAUACUACAGGAGAUUUCGAGCAUGAAGAGGCAGUUUGCAGAGCUGUUGUCUGAUAUUGGUUUUGUGAAGGAAGGACUGAGAGCCAGAUACAUUGAGAAGAUGUCGCCACACGGAGAGGAUGGAAUUAUUAAGGCUACUGGCCAAGAGGCCAACUCCAAUGCAGAAAACAUGAAGUUAAUUUCAGCAAUAUUGUGUGCUGCCCUCUACCCAAAUGUCGUCCAGGUGACCUCUCCUCCGAGUAAGUACGCGCAAACUAUGUCUGGUGCAUUAAAAGUGCUACCAAAGCCAGAAGAACUGCACUUCAUCACAAAGAAUGAUGGAAAUGUCCACAUCCACCCUUCUUCAGUGAAUUACCAGGUCCGGCACUUUGAAAGUCCUUAUUUGGUGUACCAUGAGAAGGUGAAAACCAGCAGAGUAUUUCUGCGAGACUGCAGCAUGGUUUCUGUGUACCCUCUGGUGUUGUUUGGAGGUGGCCAGGUCAGUGUGGAACUUGAGAGGGGACAAUUCAUCAUCUCCCUUGAUGAUGGAUGGAUUCGCUUUGCUGCUGCUUCCCCUCAGAUUGCUGAGCUAGUUAAAGAGCUUCGCUGGGAAUUAGACCGGCUGCUGGAGGAUAAAAUCAAGAAACCCAAUAUGGACUUAUGCACUUGUCCACGGGGAUCACUCAUCAUUGAUAUGAUUGUGAAACUUAUAACCACUCAGUGAUGACCAAGCUGGAAAAGAUUUCUGGCCAAGGUAGCAUUCAAAUGCACUGAGGACUUAGAGGGAAAGCUGCUCAGCCAUUUUCACUACCAUCCCAAACACUGGCAGCAGAAUUCAGAUCUGUUAUUCUUGUAAGCACUUUGGAUGAAAAUAGAAGUGAUUGAACUGCUUGGUCCAACGACAUUAUGCACAAAUAUUUGAAACAGUGCAACAAGCAAAAACCUACUGGAUCUAUUAAUAAAGAAUAUGUUACUGACAGCCCCAGGUCCACAACAACUUUGUAGUACAAGUCACAUAUUUACUGUUCAACACAGGGCUUCCAUGGAAGCGCGCGGACACUGUGGAUUAUCAUCACUGUAAAUUUACCGACCGAAAUCUUAACAUGCCUGUGGGGUGAGGUUAACUGGUUUGCACUUCAGUAGAACAUAGCUUUUCCCAGAGAAAUGGUUGAGACCAACUGUAUCGCUGGCAUUGGUUUUGCAUCAUGGAGUGACUGCUACUGCACUUCAAGAUUUUGGUUCAUUGGCCCAUUCACAAAGCAUUUGCAUCGGACAGAGGAAAAAUAUAAAAUGCACGAUUUUGACUGUCACACUUUCCUCCCUGUGAUGUUGGAGGAAGAAAUAUUUUAAUUAAAAGCUAUGAAAUAAACAUCAAUCUUUAAAAGAUUCUUAUCGCUCCAGUAACUAAAUGAACUGUAUUAAAGUUGUUGCACUUUAAGGUGUAUUGAAAUAUAAAUUAGUACCAUAAAUCCUUAAUUAAAAUAGGUAUAUUUUA